UGCUUUCGAAUUCCAUGGCUUGCGGCCUCGCUCAUGGCGCCAUAUAUGUGCACGAGAAGGACCGAUUCCGAAAAGUUCACUUAUCGAAAUAAACUCUCGAAUUUUUCUGGAAUUCUGAUUUUGUCUGGAAUUCUGUGAUGCUGAGGUUCUAAACACCGAUCGACCUACGCUGUUGAUGAAGAAGCAAGUAUUCAUCCGUCGGUGGGAGGCUCACAGACUGCAGUUCUGAUGGCGUAUAAGAGCCGCGAGGAGGAAGAAAGGGCGGAAGUGGAGAUCUGGAGUCAGCUUGACGUAGAUGGUAGACUCUUGGGAAUGAUCCUGGCUCGCCUGCCCGUGCCAAAGUUGCUCCAGUUUAGGACAGUUUGCAAAGACUGGAAAUGUCUCAUUGAUUCUUCGUAUUUUUCUGAGAUUAGACGCCAGGUUCCGAGUUGCGUGAAGGUAAAUUUUCUGGUCUUGGAACUUCGUUAUCCUCAGGGUUAUGUCGAUCAAUUUGAUCGCCUCCCCAUUUGUCCUCAAUACUGUGCAGUCAAUAUAAACUGUAAAAACUUGCGCAUGUAUAACCCUGUUCUCGAUACUUGGUACACAGGUCCGUCUUCGUUCCUCACAUCCACAGGGCAUAAACUCUAUUUACAAUCAUAUCAUAAGGAUUAUCAACUGUUGUACGUCGUAUUAGAAAAUGAACGAGAGGGAUCCGGUCUCUUGGUGUGCAGACCAACCUCAGGCUCUAUAUCAGAGAGAUCUUUGAACUCUGAUCGCUUGAUUGCUAUGCCAAGAUUAUUAGGGCUACUAUCAUUAGUGGUGGACGAGGAAACCUCCAGCUUCAGGUUGAUCUCUGUAGCGUUACAUUGCAGUGAGAUUGCAUGCCCUUGCAAGGAAACCCUGUGCUGUCACACUGAAAUCCUUGAUUCUGAAUCUAACGAGUGGAAAGCAGGACCUUGUUUCAAUACAAACUUGAAGGUAAUACCUGCUGAACAGCUUAUCGCGAUCCCCACUGUAAUUGGCCACUGCGUUUACUACUUUCUGGGUUGCCGCCGCCUUGAAGAACGGAUUUACAGUCCUGAUUCACCUGCAGAAAUUGAGGACCUCGAUUGUUCUGCCGUGUGGAAUGAGUUUCACAUCUCAUUUGACUGGAAGAAGAGUUCUUGGACUAAAGUUGCGGGUAAUCUGCCUCAUGGAUUGUCAACUCAUUUCGGCGUCAUCACUUUCGAACGAAAUGGAUCAAUCGUACUUGCGGACCUUACCCGCACUGAUGAUUCUGCCUGGAAAGAGUCUCUAGGAUUGAAACUUAGACUCAAUUCCUGGAAUCCUUCAGUCAACCCUGACUCUAUCACUUGGACAGAGAUUCCAGUGUCUGUGCUUCCCAAAGACGAAGACUUUCAAGAGCUCUUUUCUGAUCAGGAAGGAAUCAGUUAUGCAGGUUGUUGGCGUGGGCACGAAGACCAUCUCAUUUUCUUCUCUGGGGUUUUGUGGUCUCAUCGGGCUUUGGUGUACAAUAUAACAAAAUUCUUGGAGACAGUUCGCGCGUAAUCUGCCGCAUGGAUUGACAACAUGUCACAACAUCAAUAUUGUCGAACGGAUUGGUUCAAUCGUAAUUGCGGACCUUCCUCGGACUGAUGAUUCUGCCUGGAGAACGUCUCUAGGAUUGAGACCUAGACUAUUUCAACUAGCCCUGACUCCAUCAUCUGGACAGAGAUUCCAGUGUUUGUGCUUCCCAAAGACGAAGACUUUCAAGAGCUCUUUUCUUUUCAGAGUGGAAGUAGUUAUGCAGGAUGUUGGGGUGGGCAAGGACACCUUUUUUUUUCUCUUCUCUGGGUUGUUGUGGUCUUGUCGAGCUUUGGUGUACAAUCUGAUCUGUAGGGAGUGAACAGUUACGGAGAUUGGUCCAAAUAACUCAAGCCCAUCAAGACAGUCCAUUCCAAUGCCGAUGGAAAUAAGCUUGAAAUUUUAGCUUCUGUCUUCAUGUAAAAGCAGUUCUUUCUCACUGUAUAUCCAUGGAAGAGUCUCUGAACAAAACUUUGAAACAUAAACAGAAGUAGGCAGUCCACUUAGCUCUAGUCCUUCGCAUACAUUGACUAAGUUGUGAUUUUUUACUAAUCUACGAUCCAAGACUAAAUUUUGUAGUUUAUGGGCUUGAAAGACAAAA